CGGGAGGGUAUCGUCCGGCCUGGGUUUGUGUUGCAGAAGGCGUGCUGUGCCUCCCAGCAAAAGGAAAAAGGAAAAUUCGUCUGCUGUGCGCGUGUGCGCUGUACUGGGCUUGGGUGAAACAAAUAGUCGACGGCUCGUUGUGCUUCUAACAUGAUCGCAGACGGUUAGCGUGAAGUCUCCUAAGAAAACAUCGGAGGUUUUUGGUGAAACCCUUCAAGACCAUGGCUCUAAAGUUGCACCUGCACUCCGUGAGCGGCUUCAAAGGCCGUGGUGAUCGUCUUGCCAAGGCAACAUUCCGUGGUGUCUCUCACCACACAAAAGUCUGCGAACACAUGGAAGAAGAUGCCGUCUUCAAUGACGACUUCGAGUGGCCGGUGGGCAGGCCCGUGGAGAAGUACGAGGUCCUGGAAGUUCAGGUGCUCCAGCACAACAGGUACUUCGCCAACAAGGUUCUGGGACGCUACGGCAUGGUGCUGCAACGAGUCGCCGAGGAAGGGUACGCGUCCAUCGAGGACGACGUCGUGGACGACAACAACAAACCGGUGGCCAACGCAAAGAUCGUGAUGGAGGUCAGCUACACGGCACCCGACGGCUCGGUGGGCGCAUGGCACGCCCCGGGCCUGCCUACCAACCUGGGCAGUUUCGACGACGACCGCCAGGCGCUGCUCGACAUCGAGCAGAACAUCGCCAACCUGCAGCGCACAUACGCCGCUGCGGCCGGUGGCCAAACUACGCCGGUGGGAGGCCCGGCGAUGGCCGCGGGCGCGGACGGCGGUGCGUCGAUGGCGCUGUUGCAGUCUUCGUCUCAGCAGCACGCCGGCUACGGGACCAGCGAGGGAGGUGGUGGUGCCUUCUCGGAUGACGAGACGCGAAGCAAGCAGGGCUCCGUCAUCAGUUUGUUCGCGGCCACGUCCAACAAGUCGCCCGACAGAAAACGGUGA